CAUGCAUACUCAACAGAACACGCGUAAAAGAUGCAUAUACAUUCCCAAGGCAUGCACACAUCCAAGUAAACCACAGAAAUAUUUGUGUCUAUUUUUACAGUUUCACUUACUCAUAUUUCAUUCACCAGAUGUGUUCAAUGAAGUAAUUCAGACAGUAAACAAGUCACAACAACGACUGAUGCCUUCUUGUCGCGCUCCAUAGAUAUAAAGUGUAAAGUUACACAAUUACAUAUAAAUAAUUAAAUAUACGCCUUAAAAUAUUUUAUUACAACUGCACAUUUCUUUUGAACGCAAGUUUUACACACACACACACACAUUUACUCAUGCAUGCUUACACGUAUAUAUCUUAAGUGUAUAUAUGAAGGCAAAAAUGUAAACAAGCACUGUAAAAUGUAUUUGUGAGAUACAUAGAAGGAUAGAUAUACAUACUUUAAUGGGUAUUGAUUAAAAAUACAAUCUUCCUGACUUUUAAAUUAGCCUUGAGGUUGUAGCGUUACUUCUGAAGUAUAUGAAUCUACAGAGUUAUGUUUCACAAGUUCCAUGUUACUAACAGUCAAACCAGAGAACUUAAACGACAACUUUUAAGAGUUGAAAAUUGGAUGCUCGAGUGACAACGGCGGCAGCAAGAUAAUCUUGCUGUCUACUCCCUAACGGAGAUUGGGGAUUUGUGAAUUAAUUAAAUUCAAAGAGAAAAUGAAUAGAAACUUUGAUACACUGCAACCAGAUGUGAAAUGAAAAGUGCAAACGUAAAAGAUAAUAGCUUGCUGUUUGAAUCUCUACGUUGAAAUACAAUUUUCACUGCAAGUGUCAACCGACAAAUUUUCAGGCGAAAUAUAAAUUUUAUAGUAACUUCAUUUUCAACUCUCAAUAUACAAUGAUCGUGCUUAAGCAAAAUCAAUUAUCAAGCAAGCCAGAGAAAAUGCCAGUCACCUGAAUUUUCAAAAAUAAAUCAAUAUUUUGACAUUUACUCAUAGAAAACUUAGAAGAUUACAAUUAUCGUAAAUUUCAAUAAUUGCAUUGACCUAUAAAUUCGUAUGGUCAAAAAGAAGAAUUUUGUAAACAGUAGAAAAAUCAUCAAUCAGUCUAACGAAAAGCAAAAGUUGUUUAUUUUUUAAAAUUCAGAUCAAACUAAUAAAAACAAAUCAAGUAUUUGAACAUUUACAGGGAAGAGGUGCCACAAAGAAGUGUUUUAUAGAAUAUAAUUAUCUGAAUUUUUACCUCGAUACUAACAACAAGAAAAAAAUAUUAUUUGGACUGCCGAUUAAAUUUUAAUGCUUUAAAAUUCAAUAAUAACAACAACAACAACAAUAAUAAUAAUAAUAUCAACAACAGCAACAGCAACAAUAAUAAUUACAAUUAUGAUUACCUUUUUUUCUUUUAGUUAAGCUAAAAUCUUAUUGUUCUGGCUUAAUCAAAGUUCUAAGUUUUAUAGUUAUAUCAGUCAAAUUACUUUAUGUGUGAAAAAGACAUUCACCAAAUGCCACCAAAAUACUGUAGAGACCGCAGUGGAACAUAUCCGUUCCAAGUGUUUAAGCUCAUCACAUGUUCCAUGUGUUAUUAUUACAUAUUCCCAUCAACGCCAGUCUUCCAGCAAACCGCUGACUUUAAAUUGUCUGUGGCCAACAGAAACUACAGCGAAGCCCCGGAUAUUGAAAAUAGCACUAUUAUGUCACGACUGUGUGAAGCUAUCGGAGACGUCGACAAAUGCAAAAGAUGGCAGGCCUGUUGUCUGGUAGCUGUCGAUUGUUGUUACCGACAAGAGGAAAAUGAAAAUUCUUCCAGAACUGAAGUUCUUUCCUGCCCACCUACAUGGGAUGGUUUUAGUUGCUGGCAACGAUCUCCGGCAAAUCAGAGGGUAUCUACAAAAUGCCCGCAUUAUGUGCAUAAAUUCAUCACACACGAUAGUAAUGCCUACAAAGAUUGUACCGCAAACGGCACCUGGUGGAAGAACCCAACAACUAAUAUGGAAUGGACAAACUAUAGCACAUGUAUUCAGAUAAAGAAGCAUCGAGUCAUCGUUUUCGCAAGUGUAGCAACAAACUUGAUCAGUGCCAUGUUGCUGAUUCCAGCUUGCUUCAUAUUUCUGUACUUUCGGCUUCUGAGGAUGCAGCAUCGAAUACGACUCCAUGUCUGUCUUACUGUAUCAUUUAUCUUCACAGCAAUCUUUCAGAUUCUGUGGACUAUCUUAGUUCAUCACGACCAGUUUCUAAAUGCUCCAGAAGAUACUUUGCUUCAUAAAAACACAGUUGGUUGCAGAAUUUUAUAUUUUAUGUCAAGUUACUUCCGAAGCACAAAUUAUUUUUGUAUGUUCGUUGAAGGUUUAUAUCUUUGUCGCUUGCUAUCGGCAACAUUUAAAAUACCAAAAAGAUUAAUUGGAUACUAUAUUUUAUGCUGGGGUUUUCCUUUGGUUCCGAAUUUAAUUUACGCAAUAGUCCGGGGAACAUUGUAUAACGAAAGCAGAUGCUGGAUGAAUAACACCGACGGGUACGAAUGGAUUCUAUAUACUCCGAAUCUACUAUGCCUUGUUGGAAACGUCCUCUUCUUAAUCUACAUACUGGUAGUACUAUUUAACCAACUGCAAGCUCAUCCAAAUGAACCUCAUGAUUAUAGACGAACUCUGAAAGCUAUUUUCAUCAUGAUACCGCUGUUAGGACUCCAAUUGCUAUUUAUCAUCUACAAACCGCAUACAUACUUUCAUGAACUCCUGUCAGUUAUAAUUGUCAAUUCUCAAGGAGGACUUGUGGCUAUUAUGCUGUGUUUCUUCAACAGCGAGGUACACAAUCAAAUACGAAGCGCGUGCAAACGACUGAAAUCACCGGUGUGUCAAGUCGAACGCAAUUACUUUACGUCAACACAGCUCACACUGAUAAAUAAUCGGCCCCCAUCGUUACGAAAUGGCAAUACAAUUGAGUUAUUAAACAACAAGAAAUUAGAAAGAUGCACCAAGGAAAUUACCUACAUCCCUAUACAUAAACAGAAAGAUCAGACAUGCAAUGACAACUGUAAAAAUAGUAGCAUGUUUAAUACUUAGUGAUAACGACUGAGGGGAAUUAACUAGACGCUUGAGGAGAAUUAACCAGAAAGCUACAAUAAAUCAAAACUAUAUUUCCCCUAUAUUAUUUACAUUAUUUACAUUUGACGGAUAUUUGUCCUCAUCUUGUUUGUUGUUAACACAACGUUUUGGCUGAUAUACUCUCCAGCCUUCAUCAGGUGUCUUGGGAGGAAUUUUGAGCCUGGGUUCUCAUUCCUAAGGUAUUAUUAUUAUUGUUGUUAUCGUUGAUCAAUUCAGGGAAAUGGAUGGAAUUCUUCACGAACGAUGUUGACUUUCCUGCUAAUGGACUGAUUAUAUCCACAUGGAAGCGGCUCAGUGGAUGACAUGCUGAACCUCUACAGCUCACUAUAGGUCUUAAUG